AUGAGACUGUGGCUGUGCUGGCUGGGCUGCUACACCCUGCUCCUGUGGGCGCUGAGGAGGAGGAUGUGGGCUGGCCCCGCCAGGUACCUGCGGAGCCCUUUAUCCAGGUCCCUCUACGCGAAUAUGAUGGGCAGCCACGGCCCGCCCGCGCCGGGCGCCGGGGAGAACCACCAGUGGUAUGUCUGCAACACAGAACAGUUGUCUGAAUCCCUUCAGCCCAUUUUUGUCCAGAGUUACCUUGACCAAGGAACGCAGAUCUUCCUAAACAACAGCAUUGAAAAAUCAGGCUGGCUGUUUAUCCAGCUCUAUCACUCUUUUGUGUCCUCAAUUUUUAGCCUUUUUAUGUCUAGAACAUCUAUCAAUGGGCUGCUGGGAAGGGGCUCAAUGUUUGUGUUUUCCCCAGAACAAUUUCAAAGACUGCUUAAAAUAAAUCCAGAAUGGAAAUCCCACAGACUUCUCGACUUAGGAGCUGGAGACGGAGAGGUUACUAAAGUCAUGAGUCCUCACUUUGAAGAAAUCUAUGCCACCGAGUUGUCUGAAACUAUGAUAUGGCAGCUUCAGAAGAAGAAAUACAGGGUGCUUGGUAUAAAUGAAUGGCAGAACACAGGAUUUCAGUAUGAUGUUAUCAGCUGUUUGAAUUUGCUGGAUCGCUGUGAUCAGCCACUGACUGUGUUAAAAGAUAUUAGAAGUGUACUGGAGCCAACUCGAGGCAGAGUCAUUCUAGCAUUAGUUCUGCCGUUUCACCCAUAUGUGGAAAAUGUAGGUGGCAAGUGGGAAAAGCCCUCAGAAGUUUUGGAAAUCAAAGGGCAUACUUGGGAAGAACAGGUUAAUAGCCUGCCAGAAGUUUUCAGUAAAGCUGGUUUUGCCAUAGAGGCUUUCACCAGACUGCCAUACCUAUGUGAAGGUGAUAUGUAUAAUGACUACUAUGUACUAGAUGAUGCUGUCUUUGUCCUGAAGCCGGUGUAAGCGCGUAUGAAGUAAAUCUCCAGAAUCAAAGCCAAGAAGCAGCCUCUGAAAGAGAGAUUUGAUUUACGGUUACGUGAAGGGAGGGAAUUUGUGGGAUUGCCGUGCUGAAUAAAUACCAUGUAAGAAUUUUAAUGGCCAAAAUACUAAUGUAUUUCUUUGUAGUGUGAUUAGGAAAAUUUUGUUUGUUUGUUUUUAAUUUUUAAACAGAGUCUUCGGAUGAGAAUUUCUUUUUUUACCAGCUCUUAAACCAACAACGCAUUCUGCAGUCCAGCAGUAACGGGGGAUAUUUUUUAAUUCUUAGCUGCAACAGGGAUCAGACCCAAGCAGAAGCAAUAGUCCUAGUGAGGAAUCUGCUACAAUGCGAAUUGUUGUUCAAGAAAUCAAUUGAAAUCUGGCAAUAAAGUUAUCCAUUUAUUUCAAACCUUGCUGAUUAUAAACUGUUUAAAUGGAUAUUCUUCCAUGCUAAGUUACUUUCUCUCUUACUGUCAUUCAUCACGUUUUUAUUCAUGCUAAUAAACUUUUUUGAGAUGA